AAAGAAUAUACAUACAUAUAUAUAUAUGUAUAUAUAUGUAUAUAUAGAUGAAACUGACUAAUAAUACGACACGCAGAAAGUUAACAUAUUUAAGUUGGUUUUUCGAUGAUUACAACCGGUCUUUCAAGUUCGAUGAGAAGUAUGUCAAAGUCGAUGUGAUGUGUUACUGUGCGACCUUUCAGGAUGACGGCCUCCCAAGUAUCAUGUAGAUUUGGAUAAGUUCCAUACACAAAUGAGGUGAGAGAAAAAUAGUAAGAAAGAAGAAGUUUAUCAAAAUAUUGAAGAAAAAGGGAUUUUCAAGGGGUUCAAGAAAAUAAAUGAUUAAAAGAAAAGCAUAAACACAACAAAAGAUGUGGUACAAUAGUCACUGGCCUAGAAACAGGCUUCUCUUUGAUAAGAUAAGAACUAUAGAAAGAAUAGAAGAAAAAUGUAAUAACGUAUUAUCAACAUAGGAAGAUAUUAAAGAAUAAAGAAAAAAGUAAGGCACAAUUCAGAAGUGCAAGCAAUUGUAUAGAUGUUUGAUAUAAGUAUAAUAGAGUGGUAAGAAGUAUAAUUAUAAAAAGGAGGAGAAGAAAGAGAUAAAAAAUCUGGGAAAGGUGGGUAGAAAGGAAUGGGUGCUGGGUUGGGCAGGAGCAGCACCAGUGGAGGUGGUCUGCUCGAGGCUCUUCCCACAGGAACGCCGCUUCAUGUAGCUAUGUUAGGUCUUGACAGUGCAGGAAAAACAACUGCCCUUUAUAGAUUAAAAUUUGAUCAAUAUUUGAAUACUGUACCGACCAUUGGUUUCAACUGCGAAAGAAUCCGUGGUGGCAUUGGCAAAGCAAAAGGAGUAAAUUUUUUAGUUUGGGACGUAGGUGGACAAGAAAAAUUACGACCUUUAUGGAAAUCAUAUACUAGAUGCACAGACGGUAUUAUUUUUGUUGUUGAUUCUUGUGAUGCAGAAAGACUUGAAGAAGCAAAAAUGGAACUUACAAAAACAGCAAGGAGUCCUGAUAAUGCGGGUGUGCCCAUUUUAAUUCUUGCAAAUAAGCAAGAUUUAUUAGGUGCUAAAGAAGUGAGUGAAUUGGAAAAGCAACUUGGUGUCUUGGAAUUGGCUGGAAUGCCUGGCAGUUCCAGUAUAAGAGUGCAGCCUGCUUGUGCUAUUACAGGGGAAGGUUUACAUGAAGGCCUGGAUACUCUUUAUCAAUUGAUAUUAAAGCGACGCAAAUUGGCCAAGCUAAACAGAAAAAGGGCUAGGUAGGCCAGGGCUUCGGAAGACUGCACUUGCGUCUUCUGAUAUUGCCCACGGAUGAUCUCUUCCCUGGUAACGGAAAUGCCCACCGUGGGUCUCUCCGUAUCAUCUUUUUCAUUCUUGUCAACUUUCUCAUCGACAUUGUUGACAGCUAAGAAGUGCUCAAUUAAAUAAGUAGAUGGCUAAAACAGCAAUAGCCCCGUAAGUCUGAAAGUAGAAUAGUAUUGAUUAUUACAAUUGUUUCAAUUGUUAUUACAACUACUGAUAGUUUGUUAACUUAGGUCACAUCAAGUCUUGCGAUCAACUUUGUGUUGAAGAGCUCAGACUAAUCAAACUUGACUAAGCAAAACAUCCGCACUUAUAAGAUUAAAUCAUACAAGAUUGAUAGCUUGAUCUAAGAAAAAUUCUUUACUCUAUAUAUGACUUGAAUUCAAUUCUGAUAAGAGGAAUAUACCAUCCACAUAGUUGAUGGAAUUUCAGAUUGUGGAUUAUCACUUCCUAAUCUAAGAUUUAAUAGAAGAUAUAUAUUGGUGGUAUUAUCUUCUAUUCAUUCACGAUAAAGUGUGAAUGAUGGUUUUAUAUCUUAGAACCUUACAUACUAUUGUGCCACUUAGUCUGGAAGUGAUCGAAGUUGAAAAUGAUAAAUUAUGAACUAUUAAUUUUAUUAAAGAGGAAGAGUAGCAUUACUAGAUCAGACUUUUAAUAAUUUUGGACUUGCCAUUGUGGUAAGAGGCAUCACUGUUAACGGGACAAUAACUGAGCUUGAAAUGUGUAUUCAUGUGAACAUCCCAAUUGGAGUUUUGCAUUCACAAUAGACAUAUGGAGCAUUAGUACAUAUACUAUGAUUCCGAAAGUCAGUUGUGACUGUGGCAUGCAUUCUAUUGUGGAAAGGGAUAGUGUUUCAUCUAUUUCCACUUGAACAUCUUACCUUACUUAACGAGUGAUUGUCUAUGAGAUUCUUGGAUCUUAACUCUGAUUGGAAAAGUAUGAUUGUUCAAUGCGCAGUAUUGAGCUCUUGAUCAUACAAUGACUUAGUAUGCAUCGUAAUGCAAAUAAAUAGUAUGCUAGCACUGAAAGAGGCAGUUACAAUUAGAGGCUGUCUCAUUCUCAGGGCCUUUAUGAUAAUUCAGAUCCCUCAUAUGAUAAUAAAAGGAUUAAAUCAAGAAGCCAGGAGUUCUCAAAUUACAUGAGUUUGAAGUGCAACCAAUAAGCACCGAUUGCACUAAGCAUUACUAUAAUACCAAUAAUAUUACUGAUUGUUAACAAUGAAAAUGGGAGAUUAAGCAAAUUCAUAAGUUCAUGCAAAUACAGCGCAGCUUAUUAUCUCUAGCCAACAGAUAUUUCUGCUGGUUAGGUUUAAGUAUACCACUUUUUUGGCCUUCAUAGACUGCAGCAUAGUCUGUAUAAUUGUCAUUUCAUUACCUAAGACAAAAACUGGAAGUCAUUUGAUAUUGAAUACAGGAGCUCUCGAUGUAGCUUUAACUCCUGAAUUAACAUGAGUUAAUCUAGUGAAAUAUUUGUCUACCGUGAAAUUGUAUACAAAUAUUCCCAAUUUGUAAUAUACACUUUGGUGGAAAGCUUGUUUUUCCAUGUACUGGCAUUUGAAUCUGUAUAUUUGUGCUCAUUUUGUGCAUGUUUCGUGUUGAGUACAUACAUGAAAUCUCUUGCCAAUUUGUUUAAAUUUAUAAACAAUAUCAAUACUCGCUAAAGUGCUAUGUUUCAAUAGUGUGAAAUGUAGGAUUACAAAUUUUUCACGAAGUGUGUGAUCAAAAGAGUGAAAGACUGAUCAUUUAAUUUGAGACAGUAUAUCAACAAAACAACAAAGAAUGGAUUAUUAGGAAAAUGACAAGGAAUCGAUGUAAAAGGUUAGUUUAGAAAUUGUUUUAGAUUCAUUUUAAUAGUCAAUAAUGACUAAGGUCGAUUCGUCGAGAUCAGUCAAUGCUAUGAAUGAAAAAAUUUGGUGGGUAGUACGUUUAAUGUCUGGUAGAGUACAAGCUAGAAAAUUGAAUAUAUUCUACGUACGUCUGUCUAAUCAGUGAGAAUUUUACCCCAUAUCAAUAAUGUGGUCUGAACUGCAAUUUUCAAGUUAUAAAUAAGUUUAAAUACAAAAAUCAGCGUAUAAAAGAAACGUAGAACAAAGCCUUUGUAAGAAAAAAAGCUAUGUAUAAACUGCAUAUUAUUGAUUUGAUGUUAUUAUCAGCAGACUCAUUUAACCCCUUGAUCAUUAAAAAAAAAUAAAACAAUCUGCUAAUGACAUUGCUCUUUAGAAAUAGAGUACUCAGCCAUUGGCCUAAGAGAUGGAUGGAUGUGCUUCCUAAUGACGAAAAUCAUUAUUUAUUAUAGUAGUAAAAGCUUUAGCAUAAUCACAUAAUUGCCCUCAAGGUGACUUACAUAUAUGUAGAAAUUUUGAAGAUGAUCGUAUUUCUGCGAUUUUUUGCACCUUUAUACCUUGAAGAAAACAAUUUCAUUAUUCCCUUUAUAUGGGUGUUUUGAACUUAUUAUAAAUGGAAUUGCAAAUAGCAAAGAGAUCAAUUUUUUCCAACACAUGUAUAACACAUUAAACUUGUAUUAAAACACAGUUAUAUUAUAAUUAUAUGUAUCAUCGUUUUGCAAUUUUAGUCUACGUAUGUGAAAUUAAAGGACGUAUCGUCCUUUAUAAAAUUUAUUACUAACUUCCUAUACAUUUGAGAAUAUUCAUCGGUGCUAUUCAAAAUAACACAAUUGUCUCAAGUUGAAGAUCGCAUCUAGAAAUUAUUUGGUAGAUGCAUUGAGAUGUCUCAUACACAAAUAGAUUUAGUCUUAUAUUCAAAAACAUGUUUUUUAGUAUUCAACUUAUCGUUUCUCAUUUCGUUUUUAAAUAUAAAAGAUAUGUUUACAUGUGUACUGAAAAAAACUUUGAUAAACAGAAAUGCUGUGAUAAUGUUAAAGUAUGUUGUGGGUGCAUAUCAUAUUGUUUAAAUAAAGCGAUUAUCAUCUUGAUGAUUGCAGCACUCAUAAAUUUUUUUUAUUGCAGCUAGAAGCCUAGUUUAAAAUUUUUAUCACAUUUAAGGAAGGUUAUUUAUCAAGACACAAUGAUAAAAAAGUCACAACGAUUCAUUUGAAGUGCUAUCGUGCUAAUAUUAUAAUAUGCUUUUUAUAUAUGUAUACGUAUGUGUGUAUAUGUAUAUGUAUAUGUGUGUGUAUAUAUAUAUAUAUAUAUAUAUAUAUAUAGUGUAUAACUUAUGUGUAAAAUACAGUGAGACAGAAAAGUACUCUAUGCAGAUUGCAAUGAUAAGACAAAAUUGAUCAUCAUACUUUGUUAUAUAUUAUGCUUAAAAAUAAUUUAUUUGAAUUUAGAAUGACAAAUUUUGUUCUAACACUGCACUGCCUACUUGCGCUUUUAAUAAUAGCACUUAAGCAUUUUUGUAUAGUAUCAAUGAAACAUGUUUUUUUGUGUUUUUUAAAGAAUUACUUAUUAUCCUUCUGAAAACACUAUUUAAACUUCAUAUAUAGUCUUAGACAUUGUCAUUGAAGCUGAUUCUUGAUCAUUUUCCAAUUUCCAAUUCAUUAAAAUAGUUGGAGAUUAUGGAGUGAUAUGUGUCGUGUAAAAUGACUAUUAAAAAAUGUAAACAUCCACAUAACACUCUUUUUAUCUUCCAGCAUGGAUAAUAUUUCAUUCAAAUUCAAUUUAACAUUUUUAUUUACAAUAAUAUUAAUCAUAUAUUAUAUGAUCAAGUUAGUUAUUUAAUUGUCAAUGGAAUUAAUGAUUAACCAUUGAUGAUUGUUACCAUGUAAAAAUAAAUGAAAGCGAUAAGUAAGAUGAGAAUAUACUUCUACAGAGUAGUUUAUUAAUGUAUGUUUAUGAUAGUAGAUUUAUCAAUUAUUCUGGAAAUAUACUUGAAAUCAUUGACAAACUAUUUUGUAAAAUUAUAUUCUCAUUUCGCCUUUUGUUUUAAUUAAUUAUUAGUUGUCGUUAGUUUUUGAUUGGAAUGAAAUAUUGCCCAAAAAAUAGUGCUAUCUUCCAUACUUUUUCUCUCUCACGUACUGUGUAGUAUGAACGUCGAUUUUUUGAUUGUGUAACUUACAAUGAUGGGUAUGUCGAUUGUUGCACAUCUUUAUACAGUUGAUACGAUAUUUAGAUACUUGUUUAACUUUCAUAAAUGUUUUUCCUAUAGAUGCAUAAUGCACAUUGUUAGGAGAAUUGUCAGUACCUAUUGUGAAAAUGAAUAAUUUAUCAUUGUUUUUAUUUUGAAUAUGUUAAGGUACAUGAAACCUUUAAUAAAUUUGCUAAUUCUGUUAGAUCGUAAUCCGUACUUCUAAUUAAUUUUCCUUUUUAUUUAAAAAUUUAAAUGGAAUAUUAGAAAAAUCACACUCCAAUUAUGUGCCAAUGACAAAGAAAAGCGUUGCAUAUUAAACUUAGAUUUAAAUACAUUGUAUCGCGUAUCUAAGAAUAUUAUUUGUAUUCCUUUCAAAGUGCACUUAAUUGAAUAAGAAUUUGUAUUCGUUUAAAAAGUGCAAUUUAUUUUGCGUUUCGAUGUAAAACACUGUUUUUAAUUUGACUAUUGUCGAAAGCGUAAAUCGUAGGUCACUAAUUUUGUAAAUACAUAAUUUAAUUUCAAUGCGCUUAUGUAUCAAAGGAUAUGAUAUUUUACUGAGUUUAUUAUUUAAUUAUGUUGUCAAAGAUUUUCUAUUUUUAUUGUAAUCCUUGGAGUGUUAAAUUAAUCAUCAAGAAUUCGAAUGAAAAUUAUAUUUAUGAGUGCAAUAUCUUUGAUAAGUGUGACGUGUUAUCUUUUCUUUUGUAUCGUGUUUUCUUUCUAAUUAUUAAAGAUUUAUUUCGUGUUUUCCUA